AACCACUCUACAUUGGCACAACACUCCCUCACGGCGCAUGUUAGCAUUGUUGACAAAAAAACAAAGCGCGUGGGACUCACGCGCCUGAGUCCUCCUCGUCCUCUUGCAACCGUUGUCGACACUCUUUCUUUCUCUCUCUACCUUAGUUACGUUCGUAUCUCGGAUCCGUCGACGUUUCUGUCCCUUCUUUCGGAUCCACCUUCGUUGUUUCGAUCGAAUCUUGUUACUAUGAUGAGAAGAGAUCAAAUACGUGCACGUGAGAUGCGAACCCCAUCCCUGGUUGACCUUUGUGUUCAGAAAGUAAUAGAUAAUGUAAGGUACCUUGGAAAUGUUGGUUCUCUUGACCAGCAUCUGCUCGAGCAAAUUUUGCCGCACUGCACAGCUGACCAGUUGAUGCAUGUGGAGAAGUCCACCAAGGGAAGAAAUCUCAGCCCUGUAACUGAUAAGUUGUGGAAAAAGUUCUAUGAAAAGCAGUUUGGCACAAAUAACACUAAUGAAGUGAUUAAGAGGAUGAAGGAAAAAAGAGUGAACUUUAGAUGGAUGCAAUUGUAUGAGGCAAAAGGAAAGGAAAGGGCUCAGGCUGAGAAUGAAGCACUUGACCGAAUCAGACAACUGUACAAGAAAGAAGAUGCAAGAAAACAGAGUAGGCAAGUAAGGACAUGCACUAAAGUUCCACCUUCAAGUAAAAGAAGAUUUUGGGGAGAUAAUGGACCUGGAUACAAUGUAUCAAAUGUGAAGAGUAACAUAAUGAAGAAGGCAAAGAUAGAAUUUCUGAAGAGUCAUGAGGUAAAAAAUCUUGCAGCAAUGAAGAAUAAAUCUAUCCAGAGGAAUCCAAGUUCAUCAAGCUUCAAGAAGACCGGAAGCAUUUCUGGAAUUGGUUCAACUUCCAAAGAUCCCAAACCUACAAAGAGGGUAUUUUAGGGGCAGACUGUGAAAGAUAGCAAUGCCAUGUAUCGUGAUUUGCUUUUAAAUUUUAAACAUUUAUCUCCUUAAUAAGAAAAAAAAAAUGGCUUCUAUUUCUCAGCUAAGAAAUUUUACUUUUGUUUGCAUUUAUGUUUGCCGCAUAGAUAGAUAGAAUUGAAGCGUAGUAUGCAUGGUCAUUGUUGUAAUAUAAUAUAUUUAUAUUCAUGUACCAAUAAAAAAUUCCUUUAUUUUUCAUAUCA